AUGGCGACUCAAGACGCACGGGGCAUUCUCUUCACACAUACCCAGCAUCAGCAGGGGUUUCGACUACUGGAACUGCCCCCAGACCUGGAGGCACUACUCACAUCCAAAGAUGCUCCCGUAUUGGAGCUCAAAUCUCCUUCUUCCGCCUUGGCACAAGCGGUAGUUGACCCCAGUGCCCUGGAAUACGUCAACCUCUGUACUCCCACCCAAACCUACCGAAUCCGCCAGGUCCAAUCGUCCAAUUCGCUUCAUAUUCUACGACCAAGUCCUGGCAAUAUUUCACAGGCCGAUAUCAAAGUUGUCGCAGAGGAGGAUAGGGAUAGUGGCGCUUUGAAGAUUCCCGAUGAUGCGGUGAGCAGCAUAGCGAAGUGCGGAUCAACACUAGAGCUACAUGUGCCACCAGGAGCAUUUUCAGCGGUCCCGUUCCUAGAGAAAGCUUUGCAAUUAUACGACCCGCGCAGUGGCGACGAUGAUGGUGAUAUUAUGAUGGACGAGUCCUCUGAUGCGCCAGUUGAUAAAGGCCCCGCUGGAGUACGGAGAUUAAGGGAUCUAGUGUGCGCAGAUAUCCCUGUGUGUGCGGCACAAUGUGAGCAAGGCUGGGUCGAAAUCUGCGCGUUUGUAUAUGGGAAGCACGAGCUGACGUGCUGGAGACCCUCGGCACGGACGCGUUUGAAUGUUUGGAAGCGGAUGAUGGAGGGUGCGGUUCUACAAGGUAUCGAUCUGGAAAAACAGUUCCUAGUUGGGGACUUGUGGAAAUCAGUCCUUGAUGAGGAUGACACACCGGAGCCGUUCCCAAGAGCCUGUCUUGAGGCGGUUGUGAGGAGGCUCUGUACCGCGGAUGAGCGACCAGCGCUAGCAGAUGAGCUCAAAUGGGCAAGCUUUGAGAAAGCCGAAUGUACACAAUGGGUAGGCGACACCUAUCUUGCAGCCAUGGCACCUACAGCAUCUUCUGCCAUUGGACGGAGUGAAUUCCUUCGUGCAUGGAAAGACUGUCUUCCCGAGUCAUGGAGAGGCGACGCAACAUUAUCAAAACUACAAGAUGGAGCAUACCGAAGCCUCGAUCCUACAACGAUUUUCUAUGUGGAGCCUUCGCAGCGCCAGCAGAGCAGUAAAGCUGCCACUUCUGGCUCAGCUCCAGCGGCAAAGGCCAAACCUACUAGGAAUUGGCAUGAAUUGCUCAAAAAUUCUAAGCGCAAUUGA